AUGGCGAGACCCGUUUGGGAGAAAACAAACGAAAGCACAUGGGAAAAAAACAGUGAAAUAAAAGCAGUGCAGCUUGAACGAAAAACGGCAGCAACACAGCGGUGGAUGGGAGGAACGAAAGCCAUGAGGAGCAAGAAAGUAGUGAAGAGGAAAGGCGACCGGAACCAGCGUCAUACAACGCUAAGGAAACAAACGGGACAGGU